UACACACACACACAAACACACGGGUACUGUUAAAGUUUUCGGGUCUUGUCCAGUCAGGUCAUUUGUUUCAAAGCAUGCAACUCUUUGAUGGCAGUUGGUAGUUAAAAAACAUCAGCAUCAGACGUAUCCUCUUGCUAGCUAAUUUAUUGCCAUGGUCGACGAGAAGAAGGGCGCUGAGAGUCCCAACCCAAAGCUGCCAGAAAGGGAGGUGCUAGAAAAUGCGGCCACCAGCUAUGGGCUCGAGGAUCACGAAGCGACCGCUCAGGAUCCGCGGGUGAAUGAGCUGCAAAAGUCACGCUCGAUGAGUAUGCGUAAGUCCUUGACGCCAUCCACGAGACUUGGUCCGACCUCAAAGCCCGUGUCUAGGAGCGCGAGCUAUGCUCGAAUUUCUCAGUCACGCGAAGAGCCACACCCAGCUCCAAAGGCAAAGGAGGCACCAGCAGCAGAACAGCCUGCAGAACACAUUGCAAAAAAUGCGGCCCGCAACUAUGGGCUGGAGGAUCAUAAAGCCAACAUUCAAGAUCCGCGUGUUGCUAAUAUGCACGUUUCCCGUGAAAAGGCUCGAGUAAUUGAAAGUCGUGAGGGAUUGACGCCUAUUUUGGAGUCAACUUCAAAAACUAUCGAACCCGCGCCGGCCAAGCCCGUCAAAGAGGGCCCUAAUCAAGUUACCAGCUUUAAUACGUCUGCACCUCCACCUGGUCCGCCUGCUGCUCCACCUGCUGCACCUGCUGCACCUGCUGCACUCGCUACACCCGCUGCAUCCGCUGCUCCUCUCGCUGCUCCGCCAGCUGCACCCGCUGCACCCGCUCCAGCCGCUGCACCCGUUCCACCACCAGCAGCAAAUAAGGAUAAAAUGAAAGCGGUCUCCAAAUUCACCAAUACCGACGUCACGUUCGAUCCGUCAAAGGAAUACGCGUCAAAGACCACAAAUACCUCGGGUAAUCUCUAUACGGAUGAGGAAGAGCCCGCAAAAGAGCCGCCAGCACCGGCAGCAGUGCCGGCAGCACCGCCGACAGCACCGCCGGCAGCACCGCCAGAACCAGUUAAGGAGGAGAAGCCUGCAUUGAAUUUGGACGAAUGCUAUGCAUUCGCCGUGGCCUUGGUGCGGAAGGCAGGUGCCGUCGCGUUAAAUUCCAACAAGGAGCGGCUUUCGUUUACCACCAAGGAUCACGAGAAGGAUCUGAACACGCGCGCCGACACAGAAAUCGAGGAUAUGCUAACAAAGGCAAUUUUGGAAAAGUAUCCCGAGCACAAAGUAAUCGCCGAGGAGGCGGUUUCCCAGACGGAAUCGCGCCAGGUGACGCUCACCAAUGAGCCCACCUGGAUUAUAGACCCCAUCGACGGCACCAUGAAUUUCGUUCAUCAUUUUCCCUACUAUUGCAUCUCGGUGGCGCUGCUUAUUGAUAAGGAAACCGCCUUUGGGAUUGUGUUUAAUCCGGCCUUGCAGGAGUUUUAUACGGCGCGAAAGGGCAAAGGCGCCCAGCUAAAUGACGAGCCGAUAAGAACCAGCGGCCAGGAGAGCCUCAAAAGUGCCAUGAUUUUGCAGGAGUACAGCUCUGGCAUGCACGAAUCCCGUACCUCUGCAUCCAUGGAGAACGCCAAGCGGCUCAUAAGGAAAACCCACGCCUUACGUUCAAUUGGCUCCUCCGCCAUGGGCCUGGCCAUGAUUGCUUCUGGUGUGGCAGAUGGGUUCUACUUCUUCGGCUUACAUGUGUGGGACAUGGCGGCUGGCAAUCUGCUUGUCACCGAGGCGGGCGGCACUGUCAUAGAUCCUGCUGGCGGCGCGGUGGAUAUUAUGUCACGUCGCGUACUGGCCGCUGCCACAGCGCCACUUGCCAAGGCUCUGUCCAUCGAGCUCGUCCAAAACUAUCCGAAGCCGCGGGAUGAUGAGUCAAGAGUGGAGAGUGAGCCCCUAACAAAGGAUUUCACUGCGCAAACAGAGUUCUCCGAUACCAGCUUAUCAUUAGAUUCGGACAGUUCAGCAUACCGUAAUAUUCGAUAGCUCAAGCAAAUGAACCAGCUGCUCAUCAAGAGUUUAACUCCAUCAAAAUGCAUGUAAACCAGUAAACAUUUUGGUACACGAAUAA